UCUAUGGCGGAAGAGGCGGGGCGGCGGAUGUGGCCGCGCCGAGGGAGCCGCUGCCGUCGCCAUGGAGGCUCCCGGCCGCCCCCCGCUGUCCCCCCGCUCGGCGCUGCCCUGGGGACGGCUCUCGGCCUGGCUGGAGUGCGUCUGCGCCGUAACCUUCGACCUCGAGCUGGGCCAGGCCAUAGAGCUCGUGUACCCGCCGGACUGCGCGCUGGCCGAGAAAGAGAAGACGAGCAUCUGCUACUUGUCCUUCCCGGACUCCUAUUCAGGUAGCCUAGGAGACACCCAGUUCAGCUUUCGCUUCCGCCAGUCUGGGGGGCAGCGAAGCGUUUUGUUUGGGGAUGACUUUGAGUACGACAGGGAAGCCCCAAUAUCGUUACAGCGGGAAUCCGCUCAUUACUUCGGCUACGUGUACUUCCGGCAAGUCAAAGACAGCUCGGUGAAGAGAGGCUAUUUCCAGAAGUCCCUGGUCCUGGUGUCUCGCCUCCCCUACGUGAAUCUCUUUCAGUCUCUGCUGCAGCUCAUUGCACCCGAGUACUUUGACAAGCUGGACCCAUGCCUGGAGGCAGUGUGCAGCGAGAUUGAUCAGUGGCCCCUUCCUGUGCCUGGCCAAAUGCUGAACCUCCCGGUGAUGGGUGUUGUCAUUCAGGUGAGGAUUCCGUCCCGGGUGGACAAGCCUGGCUCCGACCCUGUCAAGCCACUGAGCCAAGAGAACCUCCUCCCAGCCCCGCUAAUCCUCCCUAGCAUCUGCGAACUGGACCUCUUCGGGUGUUUCCAGUCGGUGCUGAUCCACGUGCAGUUGCUGUGGGAGUUGAUGCUGCUCGGGGAGCCCAUGGUGGUCAUGGCCCCCUCGCCAGCCGUUUCCUCCGAGGUGGUGCUUGCCCUGACCAGCUGCCUGGCUCCCCUGAAGUACUGUUGCGACUACCGGCCGUACUUCACCAUCCAUGACAGCGAGUUCAAAGAGUACACUACUCGAACCCAGGCCCCGCCGAGGGUUGUCCUGGGAGUCACAAACCCCUUUUUUAUCAAGACGCUGCAGCACUGGCCCCACGUCCUUCGCCUCGGAGGCCUCAAGAUGGCUGGGGACUUGCCCAAGCAGGUCAAGAUGAAGAAACUCACGAAGCUGAAAACACUGGAUGCUAAGCCGGGACUUUACACAUCAUACAAAACGUUUUUGCACAAAGACAAGACCCUGAUCAAGAGACUCCUAAAGGGCAUCCGCAAGAAGCGUUCGCCGGAGGCCCAGAGUGCCCUGCUGAGGCGGCACCUGCUGGAGCUCACGCAGAGCUUCGUGAUCCCGCUGGAGCACUACAUGGCGAGCCUCAUGCCUCUGCAAAGGGCCAUCUCCCCGUGGAAGAAUCCUCCCCAGAUCCGUCCUUUCUGCCAGGAGGAUUUCCUCAAGACCCUGGAGCAUGCUGGGCCCCAACUCACCUGUGUGCUGAAGGGGGACUGGAUGGGCCUGUACAGGCGAUUCUUCAGAUCUCCCAACUUCGAUGGUUGGUACCGCCAGAGGCACAGGGAGAUGAUGCACAAGCUGGAAGCCCUGCACCUGGAGGCCAUCUCUGAGGCGAAUAUCAGCGCCUGGAGGAAGGACAAGUCAGAAGUGGAGGUGGUCGACCUUGUGCUGAAGCUCCGUGAGAAGCUGGUGCGAGCCGGGUGCCGUUCCCUCCCUGUGAAGGGGGAGACACUGCAGCGGGUGGGUCAGCACAUCAGCACCAUCGUUGGGUCCCUGCCGGAAGAUCUCCAGGCUGUUCUGUGCCACCAGUAAGCAGCCCGUGCCUGCAGUGCCAGGUUCUCAAGGCGGCAGCCCACGUCGUGCUGGGGGCUUUCCCUGUAAGCCCCCGCCUGGCUUGGUGCGAUUCUGUUUUGGACAGGGCUGCCCUGAGGGGGGCGGUCCUCCCCACAGCUAGCUUCCUGUCCGCUAGGCCUCUGGGGCGGCUGUCACCCCUGUGCCCCUAGGCUCUCGCAGCAGUGACCGGGCCCCAGGUGGCCUCAGCACGGAGCAGGUCUUGGCCCCAGAAACAGGGAGGACUCGACUGGACAUGUGGCCCUGGGUGGGUGGGUGGCCACUGCUUGGACUGGCAUCUUCUCCUGCUGUGCUUCAAGUACACUCCUUGGGCCUGCUUCAGGGUGUGUGUGGGGGGGGGGGGAGCAGCCCUUUGCCUUCCUCCUCCCAAAAGAGGGAUGUGUGUGUGUGUAUAUAUAUACAAGGACCUGCUGUGCAGUGACACUUUAUGUGCCCAUGAUCAACUAGUAAAUGUUGUUUUGGGAAGCGUUCACCACUGAAC